AAUUAGCAGAGCUAGUGAAUUACCUAAGGAAAAAAUGUCAAAAUCAAAAUUUCAGAAUCCUACAAAAUUCUCAAACAUAAACUAAAACGCCCAUGUAAGUGUCCUCUUUAGUUGAUUCGAUCUUUCCUAGGUAGUUGCCUUUUCCACUUAGAUAACUAAAAAGGGUAGUUGAGCAGCAAAUACCAAAGGUCCUCUCCUUGUUAUAUGAGACCAAACAUAUCACAAUGCUUAUGUCUUCCAACUCCUAUAUAGUUUGUUCCGCCUAAAGUAACCUAUAAAGACCAUGUCUUUUUUAGAAUCCCAGGGACCCUUUAUUUUACUAACUAAAACUAGAAGAGAAUUUCAUUCAAACAUAAAAUUUGACUAAGUUUGUGAUUUAGCAUUUCAGGUCGGAAAAAAAAGGGACAAAAAAUCCAAAAGAAAAAAGAAGAGUAGGAAGAAACACAAGAAUGAAUAUUACUACUAUUACUACUAUUGUCUCAUAUCCAGCAUCUGCAUAUGUUGUGAGGUGUUGUUCCAAACAUGAAAGGCAUAGUAAGCAACAACCAAACAACAUCGUGAUUAAUGGGACUACUCUAAGGUCUUCGGCAGUUAAGGUUGUUGAGUCAGUUGUCGCCUCAACCACUCUUGAUCACUCUGUUGUUACUGUUAAUGGGAACAAUAAUGGACAGCGCCAGAAUAUCCCAACAAAGAAGCAGCUUGUUGAUCCUCAUAGGCAAGGUCUCAUGGUUGAAGGUGGAGUUGGUUAUAGACAAACUAUUGUUAUUAGAUCCUAUGAAGUUGGACCUGACAAAACUGCAACACUUGAGAGCAUCCUCAACCUUCUUCAGGAGACUGCAUUAAACCAUGUGUGGAUGUCUGGACUUCUUGGUGAUGGGUUUGGUGCAACUCAUGGAAUGAUAAGGAAUGAUCUCAUUUGGGUUGUCUCAAGAAUGCAAGUUCUCAUUGAUUAUUAUCCAAUUUGGGGAGAGGUAGUUGAAAUUGACACAUGGGUUGGAGCAUCCGGCAAGAAUGGAAUGCGGCGCGAUUGGCUGAUCAAAAGUCAGGCAACCGGCCACAUUUUUGCUCGUGCAACAAGCACAUGGGUGAUGAUGAACCGAAAAACGAGACGCCUCUCUAAGAUGCCUGAAGAGGUGAGGGAUGAACUUGUACCUUGGUUUAUUGAGAAGCAAGCAAUAGAGGAAGAAGCUCCAGAAAAGAUUGUCAAAUUGAACAAGCAAGCAAAAUACAUGAACUCUGACUUGAAGCCCAAAAGAAGUGAUUUGGACAUGAACCAGCAUGUUAAUAAUGUGAAGUAUGUACGAUGGAUGUUAGAGACUAUUCCAGACCAUGUUCUAGAGGGUCACCAAUUAUCAGGCAUCACACUAGAAUACAGAAGGGAAUGUGGGAGUGCAGAUAUAGUUGAAUCAUUAUGUGAACCUGAAGAAGAUGAGAUGGUUAGUAAUUUAAUGGAACAACACUACAACACAAGUUUACUCAAUGGCUUGUCUUUGGCAUCAUCAUCAGCAGCAGCAGAGAUUAUAAAUGGUGGUGGAGUCCUCACUUGCAUUGAUCAAAUUCAAAGGCCAAUAAGGUAUACACACCUUCUACAAACCAAAGGAGAGAAACAAAAUGAUGAAAUUGUCAGAGGCAGGACUUCAUGGAAGAGGAAGCUCCCUACCAUGCAUCUUCCACCUAAUACUCUAUGUGGCAUGUAGUAGCCAUUGGGAACUUACCAUAAAUUAUAGUUUGGCAUGCUUACCAAGAAAGCUUGGAAACUUUGUGAAAACUGUGAAGUCAUUAUAUGCAUUUUGCUGACUUGUAUUUUAAGGGUAUUUAUUAAGAAAAGUAAAAAUAUAAAAAAAAAUUUAUUAGAAAUAUAAACUUUUAAAUGGUUUUAUUUCUUAAUGAAUACCCUUAAAAUACUUGUAUGCUAAAUUCUAGUGUUAUUUGUACUUUGUAAGUGUAAAUUGUUUAUGUACAUUAUAGAUACAUAGAGAUUUUGACUCCAUCCAACAUUGCCAUAAGCUGAUGAGUCUUUCUCUUUUUAUAAUGUCCAACAAUAAUCUCCACUUUUAUAUAAAUAACAUUAUUGAUUUAAUAA